GAAGAAGAGCACGAGAGUGAACAUGAAGAAAGCGAAAGUUCUGGUGAUGAAAGCGAAAAUGAAGAACCAAGAAUAAAAGAUGUUUUGAGUCAUCUUUCCCGAACGGUGUCAGAAAAGCGUGCUUCUGAUUUGCUGCAUAGUAUGGCCGCUUCCAAAGAUAUUCUUUUCUGGACUCCCCGCGGACAAUUACUUCGAAAUGAACGUAUAAUUCCCGUCACAAACAUCGCCGAGCUAGUUGAGUAUCUGUUACUCCCUCAUAACAAUGAAGUUACCAAGCCUCGUGCACUGAAUACGUUUCGAGAUGGACUUGCACAGUUAGGGAUCGAUAAAGGUUUAAUCAAGAACAAAAAGUUGCCAAGCGAUUUAAUAGAAAAGGGAAAAGACUACCGAAAUGCAGAAAUUACGAACGAGAGUAAUAAGAGUUCAUCGGGUAUUGAAAAUCUAGAGGAUCGAGAAGAAAGUGGCUUCUGAGAAUGGCAGUGAAGCUGAAGACACCCAAGAGAACGACAACGACACUGAAAACGAUAGUGAGGAAACAGAAAGUAAUAGCUAUGAAACGUCCACCCUUCACUCUGAAAAUCCCUGUGAACAUUGGGAGAAUUCUAAUGUGUACGGGACAUUGAUCAUGAAAUGUCCUAAUUGCUCUUGGCACGAUUCAUACAAAAUUUGUCCUAGAUGUGAUCACCAGAUCCCCGAGGAGAGAAAUAACAUG